AUGCUCUGUCCUAUCUCUGGAACGAACAACAUGUCAAAACUUGCUUGUUGCACAACCGAUACUUGUCAAGCAUUGCUCUCCACUAAAGAUUACGUCGAACAUUACAUCGUCACAAAUAAAGAGGGGAGUACAACAAAAAUGGCACCAAUUGAGCAUUACAUUGGAACUUCUGAUGGAAAAGAAGUUACAAGUGUUCCUGAUGGAGAGAUGAAAGAUGUGGUUAUUGAGAUUCGCUUGUUUGGCUUUAGAGCAUUAGUGGUGAUCGUGGAGAACUGUGGAGAGGACACUUGUCAGAUGACUCCCAGUUGUGAACAUCGCGGGGUUAAGAUUUCUUUCGCACAGAAAAAUCCUGGUGAUGUUUUGGGGGGGCGCUAUAAGACCACUGAGACUGCCGUUUUCCCUUAA